GCGCUGCUCCCCGAGGCGGCUGCUUGCCGUCCAGGAACAUCGCCGGCUGUGCCGUGCUCGAUCUGGGUCCGUCCUGGGCUCCGGUGUGUCUCUGAUCAACAUGGCUCUCGGCUCGGAUGGCCAUCCGGUCGCUGUGUCGGUGUCCCCCAUCGUCCGGGGCCAUGUCCUCUCUGAACUUGGAAAUGCCCAUCGUCUCACACCGCUCAUCUCCGAAUCUCUCACGGUCUCUGGGAUCCUCGGCACAACUUUCCACCGCCCUUUGAUCCUGGCCUUUGCUGCAAUCGAUUCUUGCCCUGGCCGACUGCGUUCUGCCUCCCAGUCUCAUCUUCAGCAUCAUGGCUACUGCCGCUCAGCUCGCACCCUGCGACUACAAGACCGGAAGGGUCUUGGGUCAGGGAAGCUAUGCCACCGUCAAGGAGGCCGUCCGGAUCCAGACUGGAGAGCGCUUUGCCGUCAAAGUCAUCAGCAAGAAGCUCAUGGCUGGCCGGGAGUCGAUGAUCCUGAACGAAAUCGAGAUCCUGAAGCGAGUGUCCCUCGGCCAUCCCAACAUUGUCACUCUCCACGACUACUUUGAGACCCCAAACAACUUGUACCUUGUCAUGGAUCUCUGCCUCGGUGGCGAGCUCUUUGACAAGAUCGUGAGCCGCGGUCAGUUCUUCGAAGCCGAUGCGGCCGACAUUGUCUAUGUCAUCUGCGAUGCCAUCAACUACCUGCACUCCCAGAACAUUGUCCAUCGUGACAUCAAGCCCGAAAACCUGCUCUUCAAGGCCAGCGACGAAGCCUCCGAGCUCGUCAUCUCGGACUUUGGCCUUUCCAAGAUUGUUGCCAGCGACAGCUUUGAGGGCCUCAUGACCACCUGCGGCACUCCUGGCUACAUGGCCCCUGAGGUCAUCCGCAAGACCGGCCACGGCAGACCUGUCGAUAUGUGGUCUAUUGGUGUCUUGACCUACUUCCUGCUCUGCGGCUACACGCCCUUUGACGGAUCUAGCCAGGUUGACGAGAUGCAGAACAUCCUCACUGCCAACUUCCACUUUGAGCCCCAUGAGUACUGGGACGAGGUCUCUGAUGAUGCCAAGGACUUUAUCCGCAACCUCCUCUUGGUGAACCCCUCGUCUCGUCUGACUGCCGCCCAGGCUCUGGAGCAUUCGUUCCUCUCGAACGCCCGCGCCCGCAAGCUCGGCGAGCCCGAAAACAUCACCCGUACCUCUACCGAGACCUCCGUCGAUUUGCUGCCCAACGUCCGCAAGGAAUUCGACGCCCGCCGAACCUUCAAGAAGGCCGUUGGUGCCAUCAAGGCUGCCAACCGACUGGGCAGCUUGGCCUCGCUGGUCAAGCAUUCUGAUGAUGCCAUGGACGAAGAUGGCCAUUUGAUGAUCGUGCCGAAGCAAGGUUAAGGUCGGAGGCUCAAGAUUGUCAAGACUGGGUGUGCUUGCUCCUUGACUUUGGUUUGGACCGGUCGUGAUGAAACCGGCGUUGUUGCACUUCUUUCCAAGCACGCGAGGAGCGAAUCGAGCGCCCCUUGGCAGCCCGGACCGGUCGAGCGUCGACGGCACCGAUCGGGGGGCAGUGUUUCCUUCGCCAUCAAACCCCAAGAUGCUUAUCCAUGGAUCCGCAAUCGACUUGAUAGAGUGAGAUCGGGUCCUGUCGCGUAGCAGUAGCUUCAUUUAUUGGCCAUCGUUUUAUUCGUUUCUUUGCCAUUUACUUCCCUUUCCGUACCUCUGUGGAGACGAGCCGCUCACUUUUCGGCCAACCCCCACGCCCCUCCUCUUUCCCCAAA